AUGGAUUCAUAUGAAGCUAAGAAGAAGGAGCUAUAUUUAAAGAGGAAAGACAUAAAUUUAUAUUACCAUCCUAUAAAGACAAUAAGAUUAUUUUUCUUACAACUUCGAAAUAUAAUUGUACAAACAUAUCAAAAAAACAAGAAAUACAAUAAAAUAUUAAUCUUGGCAUUAUUAAUAAUAUUAAUUUUAUUUAAAAUAAGAUAUAAAUAUGAACAUUUAGAUAACUUUAUAAUAUAUAUUGAAGUAACAGUGUGGUGGUUAUCUUUAGGUAUAUUAAGUAGUAUAGGAUUAGGAUGCGGUAUGCAUUCAGGAGUAUUGUUUUUAUUCCCCCAUAUAUAUUCAAUAUGUUCAACAUCAGAGUAUUGUAAUUCUCUCAAUUUUGAUUCAAGAGUAAAUAUGUGGAGUUCUGUUCUUACAUCUGGAAAUUAUUUCGAAUGUUUAGGAACAAAUGAUGAAGACAUAACAUUUUCAAGAUUAUUUUUUAAAAUAUAUCCAUAUUGCCUUAUAUGGGGAAUUGGAACAGCCUUGGGAGAAUUACCACCAUAUCUAACAUCCUAUUAUGCAGCAAAAUCCAAGCUGAGUGAUGAAGAAUUUGAAGAAUUUCAAAAGGAUAUUAAAGAGGGAAAAAAAAACAUUAUUACAGCAAUGAAAAUAUGGAUGUUGGAUUUUAUUAAGAAAUAUGGUUCCAUUUCUGUUUUUCUUUUAUCAUGCUGGCCAAAUGUCAUGUUUGAUUUAUGUGGAAUUUGUUGUGGGCACUUUUUAAUGCCUUUUCAAAAUUUUUUCAUUCCACUAGUUUUAGGAAAAGCUAUAGUUAAAACUAUAAUUCAGAGCUUUUUCCUCAUUUUUGUUUUUUCAAAUAAUUACAAAGAAAUGCAAUUAAAAAUUAUACAGAAAUGCUUAUCCAUUUUACCUCUUCAUUUACUUUCCGAAAAUUUAAGUGAUGAAUCAUUUCUUGAAAAUUAUAUUGACGAAAAAAUAUCCAUAUUAAAACAUGGAAGAAAAAGUAGUUCAAAAUUGAAUUUUAUGUUUUUAUUCAAUAUAUUUUUUUGUGUACUUCUCAUCGUCUUUUUUAUAUCAUGCAUAAAUCAAAUAGCUCAAAAGUAUCAAAAGAACGUUGAUGAAGAAGAAUUAGAGGGUUUGUUGAAAUCCAAGAACGAAAUGACACCAAGAAAAAUAAAAAAAUAA